GUUCCAAAAUAACAGAAAUGCCGCAAAUUUCAUUCUCUUAAUUGAGACAAUUAUCAUCAACAGCUUAUUCAAAAGACCAGAUUUUUAGACAAAUAUUGGAUUUUUCAUUGAAAUUAUGGAACAAAAUUAUUAAAUAAAAUCCAGAAAAUUAGAUAAGCAGGUACGUAUUUUUGUUAUCGAAAGGAUAACAUCUUUAUUAGGGGGAAUUGUUUCAUAAAAUAACCACUAUCGUUAUAACAAUUACGUAUUCAGACCAACCGGUGAGCUGCAGAGGUCAUCAGAAGGACGUAAAUGCGAUUUGCCUUAUAGUUAAAUGAUAACCUCUGCCUUAAUAAGAUAGUUUUGCUUUAAUAAAAGUUAUAUCACUUACGUUCUUAUCAGCGACGCCAAGCAUUUUUGAGGGUUACGGCAGCGCAGGCGUCUAAACACGCAGUUAUUUUUUUUGCAAUAAAAGCAAUGACAAGUAAGAACUUUCCUACAUUCGUUAAAGGGGAGGUCGUGAAAGGAUUCGGCAGAGGAUCUAAACAAUUAGGCAUCCCUACGGCAAAUUUUUCUGUUGAAGUAGUCAAUAGCCUCGCUGACGAUCUGCCGACCGGAGUUUACUAUGGCUUUGCGAAAGUCGAAUCCGACGAAGUACAAAAAAUGGUUAUGAGUAUCGGAUGGAAUCCGUUCUUUAAAAAUAACCAAAAGUCAAUGGAAACACAUAUCAUUCACAAUUAUGAUGACGACUUCUAUGGAAAGCAAUUAAGUGUCGUAAUUCUAGGUUAUUUACGACCAGAGAGAGACUUUGGUUCCUUAGACGAACUGAUUAAAGCGAUCCAGAACGAUAUUACUGACGCCGAAUCAAAAUUGGAAGAACCUAAUAAUAAACAAUUUUUAACCCAUGCCUUCUUCAACAAUUAGAUAUUCAAAUGCCCUUGGAUAAAAAAUUGUGUGUUUUGUUUAAUAGACUUUCAAAUCCCUUCUUUCUGGAAUGAGUUGCUUCAAAGAGGCAAUUUAAACUUUGAACUUUUGAAAGUUAAAUUUAAGAUUUUAUAAUACAUCUGUGACGUCAUUUCUAUCUAAUCUAAAACAGGGUUUGGUUAGUUUUUCAUUUUAUUUCUAAAGAAAAUGUUUAGAUCUUAAUAAUAAAUUUCAGUACAUGUGGAAUAA